CUUUUGGUCUGCGUUCAACGGUAGCAAACACUGCAGAAAAUAUUCACGAAUUCCCACGUGAUACCUGUGUGCCUCUGCUACCGGCGUGUCGAAUGAAGCACACAGGCAGUAUAACACACACAGAGCAGACUCAAUCUGCCCGACAAGCAUCAUCGCGACACUCGGCUCGCUUCUUCAAUCACGACGUUGGUCUUGGUCCUUCAGCCAGUCGGGAUGGAUGGUCCGUUGGUCCGUGAUACUGGAAGAGCAGAGGGCUAGGGAGGAGAUAGUGCUACCGGAAAACCCAGCGGCUCGGUCCAGGAGACUCGCUUGUACUGCCUGACAAUUCAACUCACCGCGCCAUCCAAACCACUACCCGCACGUCUUGUUGGACGAUACCACGGGCUCGGAUCAGCAAACAACGUCUCUGACAUCCCGUCCGUACUGCCUUCCGUCGGGUCUCCUGUGGUACGGCAAUCCUGGAACAUCGACGAGGUCUUCUCGGGCAUUUGCUACGCGUACACCGCAUCGAUCCUCGAUCUCAUACUGAGCUACGGUGGAUGAACUUCCAACCCGACGACCUCGACAUGACACCCUGCUAGGACAUCAGAUCUUACACCCAGGCAAAGUACCCUCUUACUGGUAAACUCCUUGAGGAGACCUCUACGCAGGUGGUUCAUAGAACGCCCCCUCAGAUACCAGAGAGGCAGGCAAGCCACACAAGUUCCGUCACGACAUCAAUCGUUCACGGUGACGGUACAUGCAGCCCAAGCACGAGACCCAGCCGCCUACCUACGUACCACAAUGCCCGUGGGAGACACCCACCCAAAGCCCCUCGUACACGAGCCAACGUCAGGCGUACACAAGCACACCCUGAUCCUCCUCCACGGCCGCGGCGGGAGCGCAGCCACCUUCGGCCCCGCGCUCCUCAACACCCCCCUGGCCCCAGCCGCCGCAAGAGGCACCGAAAACACCAGCGCCAGCGCCAGCAGCACACCACCACCAGAAACCAACACCAGCCCCCACCACGGCCGGAAAGGACGAGACUGCCUCCCCGCGGACCAAGUGCCGCCGCCCCUGCCCCCCCGUGCCACGACGACGACAACGCUCGCCCAGGCCCUGCCCCACGCCCGCUUCGUCUUCCCCACGGCGCCGAGGGGGCGCGCCACCGUGUACAGGCGCAGCGUCGUCCGGCAGUGGUUCGACGACUGGCACCUGGGAGGGGCGGGGUCCGGCGACGCGGUGGGCGGCUCAUAUGACGCGGGCCUGCAGACGGGCGGGAUGGGGCGGGCGGUCGCCUACCUGCACGACCUGGUCGCGCGGGAGGCGGGGGUUGUUGGUGGCGGGGCGCGCAACGUCGUCCUCGGCGGGAUCAGCCAGGGGUGUGCGGUUAGUCUUGUUGCUUCGUUGUUGUGGGAGGGGGACGGGCUGGGUGGGGUGGUUGGGAUGUGUGGGUGGUUGCCUUAUGUGCUUCAGAUGAGGGGGCUGUUGGGUGGUGGUGAGGUUGAUGAUGAUGGUGAUGAUGAGAUGGGUCUGGUGACGGCUAGCAGUUUUGGAGGCGAGGAAGUGGGCUUUGACCCCUUUGACAGGUCGGCCUCCCCUGGCUGUGACGCGGUGUCGCCAGGCGGCGGCAGCAGUGACACUGGAGCACCGGUAACUGCAGCCCUGGGGUGGCUGCGAGAUGAGAUCGAGGUACCCGGGGGCCGGACUGGGUCUGUGGUGCGCGGGAGUGGUGGCACCCCGGCCAUAUUGUGCCACGGUCAGGACGACGCAAAGGUCGACGUCUCCAAGGGCGAGGAGGCGGCCGGGUUCCUUCCUGCCCUUGGUAUCGGGCCCGUCCGCUUCGAGACGUAUGCGGGUGUUGGGCAUGAGUUUUCUGCCGACAUGCUCCUCGAUAUCGUCGAGUUCGUGCAGCGCGUGCUUGAAUAA